CCCAUUCAUCUGUGCACUUGGGCGUUGGACCCCGCAUCUUAUUAGCAACCAGGGAGAUUUCUCCAUUUUCCUCUUGUCUACAGUGCGGCUACAAAUCUGGGAUUUUUUUUAUUACUUGUUUUUUUUUUUUUCUUAAGAAAAAAAAACUCCACUUGGGCUUCUUUUUUGUGCUCUGCUUUUCCAUCUUUCCCCUUCCUCCUGCUGCUGCUGCUGCUGCCUUUUGAUCUCUUCGGCUUAAGGUUUUUUUUUUGAAACCCGGAGUGUAUUUAAUCGGUUCUAUUCUGUCCGCACCACCCCACCCCCUCCCUCCGGUGAGUGUGCCGCCGCCGCUGCCGCUGCCGCCGCCGCCGCCGCCGCCGCCGCCGCCGCCGCGCUCGCCCCGUCGUUACACCAACCCCAGGCUCUUUGUUUCCCGUCUUGGAUCGGUUGAGUUUCUUUGUUGAAGAAGCCAGCAUGGGUGCCCAGUUCUCCAAGACCGCCGCGAAGGGAGACGCCGCCGCGGAGAGGCCCGGCGAGGCGGCUGUGGCCUCGUCGCCUUCCAAAGCAAACGGACAGGAGAACGGCCACGUGAAAGUGAACGGGGACGCGUCGCCCGCGGCCGCCGAGCCGGGCGCCAAGGAGGAGGUGCAGGCCAACGGCAGCGCCCCGGCCGCCGACAAGGAGGAGCCCGCGGCCGCGGGCAGCGGGGCGGCGUCGCCCUCCGCCGGGCCCGAGAAGGACGAGGCGGCCGCCGCCGGCCCCGAGCCCGGCGCCGGCAGCGGCGACAAGGAGGCCGCCGCCGAGGGCGAGGCCGCCGAGCCCGGGUCGCCCACGGCCGCCGAGGGCGAGGCCGCGUCGGCCGCCUCCUCCACCUCCUCGCCCAAGGCCGAGGACGGCGCCACGCCCUCGCCCAGCAGCGAGACCCCGAAAAAAAAAAAGAAGCGCUUCUCCUUUAAGAAGUCCUUCAAGCUGAGCGGCUUCUCCUUCAAGAAGAGCAAGAAGGAGGCGGCCGAGGGCGCCGAGGCCGAGGGCGCCGACGGCGGCAAGGACGAGGCCGCCGGGGGCGCCGCGGCGGCGGCCGCGGGGGAAGCGAGCGCCGCCCCGGGGGAGCCGGCGGCGGCGCCGGGCGACGAGGCCGCGGCGGGCGACGAGGCCGCGGCGGGCGGAGACCCGCAGGAGGCCAAGCCCGAGGAGGCCGCUGUCGCACCCGAGAAGCCGUCGGCAGUCGAGGAGCCCCCCAAGGCCGAGGAGCCCCCCAAGGCCGAGGAGAAGCCGGCGGAGGAGGCCGAGGCGCCCACCGCGCCCCCGGCCGAGCAGGAGGCGGCGCCCGGCGAGGAGGCCGCAGCCCCCGCGUCGUCCUGCGCAGCCGCAGUCGCCGCCGCCGCCUCGCCGGAGGCGCAGCCCGAGUGCAGUCCGGAGGCCCCUCCGGCGGAGGCGGCCGAGUAGAGGGCUAGUCGUGGAGAUCACCCGAGAACUUUUCUCCCCCACCCCCUUCUCCCCCACCCCCGUUGGUUUGUUGGAGUGGUGCCAGGUACUGGUUUUGGAGAACUCGUCUACAACCAGGGAUUGAUUUUUAUAGCUGUCUUUUUUCUUUUCUUUCUUUUUUUUUUUUUAAAGCAGCAAAUUGUGUUUUUGUUUUUGUUUUUGGUUCCCCACCCCCCCUCCCCACAGAUCCCAUCUCAGAUCCUUCUGUUCACACCAUUCCAACAGGUGGAGGAGAAUUUAAAACCUCCUCCUCCGCCUCCUCUCUUCUCUUUGAUUUUUUUUGCAUCAGUAUUAAUGUUUUUUGCAUACUUUGCAUCUUUAUUCAAAAAAUGUAAACUUUCUUUGUCAAUCUAUGGACAUGCCCAUAUAUGAAGGAGAUGGGUGGGUCAAAAAGGGAUAUCAAAUUAAGUGAUGGACCAGCCCCCAUGGGGGAGGCGGUGGCACGCGGCCUAGGCCAGGGAGCUGUGUCACUGGAAUUGAUGGUGUAAGGUGUAAAGGCUGUCUUUUUGUUUUGUUUUGUUUUUUUAAAGAAAAAAAAGUUAUUACGAUGUAUUUUGUGAGGCAGGUUUACAACACUACAAGUCUUGACUAAGAAGGAAAGGAAGAAGAAGAAAAAAAAACUACCAAUACCCAGAUUUAAAAACAAAAAAAAAAAAAGAUCAUAGUCUUAGGAGGUCAUUUAAACCAUAGGAACUUUUCACUUAUCUCCUGUUAGCUGUACCAGUCAGUGAUAAAAGUAGAACUACAAGUUGUAUAGGCUUUAUUGUUUAUUACUGGUUUAUGACCUUAAUAAAGUGUAAUUAUGUAUUACCAGCAGGGUGUUUUUAACUGUGACUAUUGUAUAAAAAGAAAAAAUCUCGAUAUCCAGAAGCACAUGAAGUUUUCAACUUUCCACCCUGCCCAUUUUUGUAAAACUGCAGUCAUCUUGGACCUUUUAAAACACACACAUACACACACACACACACACACACACACACACACACACACACACACAAAUUUUAAACUCAACCAAGCUGUGAUAAGUGGAAUGGUUACUGUUUAUACUGUGGUAUGUUUUUGAUUACAGCAGACAAUGCUUUCUUUUCCAGUUGUCUUUGAGAAUAAAGGAGGAAAAAAAAAAUCUUCAGAUGCAAUGGUUUUGUGUAGCAUCUUGUCUUAUCAUGUUUUGUAAAUACUGGAGAAGCUUUGACCAAUUUGACUUAGAGAUGGAAUGUAACUUUGCUUACAAAAAUUGCUAUUAAACUCCUGCUUAAGGUGUUCUAAUUUUCUGUGAGCACACUAAAAGCGAAAAAUAAAUGUGAAUAAAAUGUACAAAUUUGUUGUGUUUCUUUAUGUUCUGCUGAUACUGAGACUUCGAGGUCUUUUUAAACAUUUUUUUAGGAAGAUCUUGCAUGCCAUCAAAAAUAAAUUUGGUUGUGAUUCUGAAUCUGAUGUUUUCAAGUUUCGAAGUCUAAAAUCUUCAGUGUCAGAAAUACAUUUGUAGGAAGGUCUUAGAACAUACUAUGUCAAGUCUGUUACCGUUUUAUCUGCUUCUAGUUUUCACUUAAAAUUGAACAUAAUGAUUUUUACUGUAGUUAUGUAGCAUGUCAGAUUCAUUUAGGUCAGAAGUGCUGUGACCCUAAGACUUAUUUAAACGUCUUAUGAGACUUUUUCAUGAAAUCGUUUUCUUGUCAUGCUAUCCCAGAACCUGAAAGUUUUAUAUGACUGAGAGUCUGGAAUCCAAACUACAUGUGGGCCAUGAAUAGUGGCCUAAUGCGUUCCAGAGAUGAAUGGUGUGUUACCUGCUAUUGUCAAUGCUUAGAACAUGGCUAAUUUCCAAAUUAGUGCUUUGAUGAUGUGUAAGACCUUAAGAAAACAGGUUUUUAUAUACAUAACAAAGUAAUGGUGUUGAAUGGACAGUACUGUCAGUUUAUGGGCCAUUAGUAUAGUUGCAACCUUUUUCUUUUUAAAAUGAAAAUGUAUUAGCAUUUUCGUUCAUAGAUAGAAUAAUACUUCCUUAUAUGUUAAUCAUCUUUACUAGUUUAUCUUCUCUGCUCUUUUCUACUCCAUAACUGGACUCCCCCCCCCCCCCCGCCCCCCAUCACUGGACCCUAAACUGAUUGCAUUUAAGGUCUGUAUCAAAUACCAUUGACUAAUGAAGUGGAAAGCUGUCCGUGCAAUCCUCCUUGCUGUUUUCGGAGCAGCAGAGGUUUCAUGUUGAGUCAGUGAACUACAUUUGUAGCACCUGAAUGCCACAACUGACAGUCAUUAGAAAAAAUAACAAACUAGCUUUCCUGAUUUUAUUUGUUGUUGUUGAAAUAAUGGAUAAGAAAAUAAUGUUCCGUGGUCUCUCUUUCCUAAACACCCUUGCCACUAAUAAAAUUGAAUAACAUUUGGAAGGGUGUGUUCUCCAUCUUGGGUUUCUUGAUGUUUGAAAGCAAAUCUGGUAACCAAAGGACUGAUUUGUGGGUCUUGCCCACCUUAACCAACUUUUUCUUAAAUACCUAGUUGGCCAAGUACGGUGCCUGGUAUAUAAUAUAGUAGGUAGAACUCGGUAAAAGAAAUGGAUUUAAAAAAAAAAAAAGUAACUCCCAAAGUGAGUGGUCAAAAAUACUGUGUAGAAAAUGAUGAUAUAUUGUUAGGUUUGUUCUUUUUAACAGCUGGGAUUUUAUGGAGAUGCGUUAUUUUGAAUUUAAUCACUGCCUAGAACACUGGGGGUGAUACUGAUGAAGUGGUGGCUUUUUCUCCAAGUAAUUAAAUGAAAUUUGACAUAUCUUUUCAUCCAAAGUUUUGUACAUCAUGUUGUUUUCUAAUGGAAAAAAUGUUAAUAUGGCUUUUUUGUACUACUAAAAAUAGCUUUGAGAUUAAGGAAAAAUAAAUAACUCUUGUACAGUUCAGUAUUGUCUUAUGAAAUCUGUAUUGGCAGUAUGUAUAAUGGCAUUUGCUGUGGUUAUAAAAUACUUCCUCUGAAUUAUCAUAAUCAUUUGGUCCCAUUCUUCUUGCUUGUAAAAUAAAGUUUUACCAGUUGAUAUAA